UGCGAAUUCGAGAUGAGCGCCCGGGAUAACCUUAAGUGUUAGGUCCAACAAGCAUGUUGAGCCUCCAUGCCGGCAUCCAAAAGUAUUGCCCACCUUCCAUCGUCGCUUUCCCACAUACUCAUGCUUUCGGCUGCAUCGGUGCAGCGAGACUCCUCGGUCACGUUUUCUUGCUGCCCCGUUCCCCUCUGGUCACAAGUCUGCUAUGUCUUGGCACCACCGGCUUCCUCCAGAUGGCACGCAGCAAUCUCAUGAUCGUUCCUUCAUCUACCCUCCUCUGGUCUCCCGAAUGGGCCUCGCUUCGACACACCGCGUCGUGGCGGUGCCGAACCUUGCCUGAUGCAGCCCUGUACUUAUACCCACUACUGUCCCUCUGAUCCCCACUCGUCCUUCUCUCUCCACCAUGCUUGCCUUGGCAGUCUCCGUGCUCUCCCUGGGCGCGCUUGCGAAUCCCUUCCCGGUAUCCGAAGCGAGCAAGUUCUCACUUUCGGAUCGCUCGCCCAACGUCCAUGCCCGCCAGAUAGUUGUAGAACUCUGCGCCGGGUCGCCUAUCUUCGAGCGCUGCGGCGGGCCCUGGUGCGCUCCGCAAGGCUGGUUCUGCUGCGGGCUCGGCGCAUGCCCAAACGGCGCGUCAUGCCUCGACCAGCGGUGGUGCUGCUUUGAAGGUCUCACCGAGCAGCAAUGUCGUGCAGGGAUCGAGCAGGCCAGCUCGAUGGUACAGGACCCAUCGGCGGUGGCAAGCAUGCUCACGCGCUCCGACAUCCUGAGCGUGCUCACGGCAUCGUUUACAGGCAUGCCGUCGGGCUUCCCCACCGGGGCCGCCACCGGAUCGCAAAACGGGGCCGCGCCGACCCAGAUGGCCAUCACGCAGGGCGUUGAUUCUGGCUCUGGGGCCGGUAGUAACUCGAGCAUCCCCGGUGGCAGUGGUGGCAGUGGAGGCGGAGGCGGAGGCGGCGGCUCGAGCAGCUCCGGCCUCUCCAUAACUGAAGGUCGGACUCGCCGCACGAUCUAUCUGGAAACUGAGGUCGAGUUUACUCGAGAGUGGUCUGUGCAGUCCUGGUGCAUGGCCCGCAUUCAGGCCCUCAGGACGAAUGAGACGGGCGCGACGAUAAGCUUUGAGAUUGCCGCCGACGUGGCCGGCUUCACGCUGUCGCACGAUAUAUUUGUGGGCGGCACGCUGUCUAUCUCGCAGUCACUCUCCGGUGGCGCUGCGGGCAUCGCGAUCGGAAACAUAAGUACGAGCGCGCGGCCCAUCCCGAUGGGUCCCCCGAGCAACACCACCUGCGCGGUCACGUACGUGUUCACGCGCGAGACGUCGUACACCAUGUUCGGGGAGAGGAUCACCCUCAUCUACGAGUCGUCCAAUGCUGGGUCUACCGCGCCCGGCGCGCCCGCCCUGCCCACUACGCCCAACAUGCCUGAGGCACCCACGGCGCAGGGCAGCAGCUGCCGCAUCAACGGCAUCACACUGUACAAAGAUCAGAACGAGCUGGCGGCCGUCAAGGUCGGUGACGCCUUUCAAAUUGAUCUGGACCCCUCGAUGGCGGGCACCAACACAUCAGCGAGUGGUACCUCGGGCACUGGUGUCUCCGGAUUGCCCAACGCCGCCACAACACUCACUGUGCGCUCGACCCUUUGCGCAUUCUUUGCCGUCGCCUUGCUGUUGGCCUAUUAGCUCCGUUUUUCAAUGCCACCCCUAGCUGUUG